AAUUUGAAAUUAUCGACAUAUAUGAAGCUAAAUUCAAUCAAUUAGACUUCGAUCGAUUUCCUGAUGGGACUAUUCUAUUGGUAGAUAAAGCUGAAUUGGCUGUUGAUUUCAAUAAUGUAACUUCCACCAUUGUUGUAAACAGCGUUAGAUUACUUCAUCCAAACAAAACUAUAAAUGAUUUGACCGUUUUUACUCAACGGUGCCCAAAUAUAAAUAAAAAUUGUUUUAUUAAAACGAUAAUACCAUUUAAAGCAAAUCAUGUUCUAAUGAUAUACAUAAACGAGCUCCAACAAUACAGUGUAGUGAUAGCAGACUGGUCUGACAAUAUUAUAUGGAGUGAUACAACGAUUACAUUAGAGAACUUGGAAAUUGGAACUCCACUAAUCAUUCAAAAUAAUUUUUACGAUGAAAAUAGGUCGUUAUUUUUAGUCUCCAAAGGAAGUUAUUUGUUUUAUAAAGAAUACAAUUACAAUGAAUAUGAUGGCCAAUUUGUUACAUAUCAAGAAGGGAAUUGUACUUUUGAACCAAAUUUAACAGUAAAUCCGGAAAGCUUGUUUCCGACAAAAGAAGGUUAUGGAAUUAUAUCUAGCGUCUGGGAUAGUAAAUUUUUUAAUGGGCUAUAUUCAAUUUAUCUUACAUUAUUACAACCCGACUCAAAAUCAAAUAAAAUAAGCCAACUUAAUUUAACUAAUGAGACAUCAACAAUAAUGCAAAUACAAUGUAAAGCUGAUACGGAAAUCAAUUAUAAAUAUUCUUGCUUGAUACUAUCGAUUGAUCAGCGAUUUAUAUUGGCGGAAAUCGAUUAUUUACCCUCAAUUGAUGAUUUUGAAGUCAAAAUGAAUAUUUUAUCACUUUCUAUUGAUUAUGAUUCUUCCCUUAUGGCAUUUCCGGCCCCAGAAGUUGAUUUUUUGAUAAAUUUUUACUUACGAGCAACAAAAUCAAUGAACUAUGUAUUAUUUAAUGCUAAAACCAAUGAUAUUAUAACAACAGAAUUUUAUGGAGGGUCCUUGAACUUUUUUUCUAAGUUUGGAAGUGCUUCAUUGGUCCUUCAUGAUAAAGAAUUAAUAAUAGCAGCCGAUAUCGAUGAGUUUACUUGGGAAUUAAAAUCUAUAAACAUAUCCCAGUUUAUUCCUGAAACAAAUAGGCUCAAUAAUCUUCAUAUAAAAAAAACUUGGCCCUUAUGGGAUGAAAGAAUUUCCAUUGAUACAAAUAUGAUAAACAUCACUUUUGUCCAUCCAAUCGAGUUAAAGGACAAAAAUGCCUCGAUUUAUCUUUAUAAUGAUGGGGAGUAUAUGUUACGUCAAAGAUUUAAAUGCAUAAGCCCAGAAUGUGUUCUUAGCAAAGACAAAUAUUCUUUAAAUAUGACUAUUAAAGAGACUACUUUUAGUAUCCCUGAAAUGGUCUAUUAUGUUGAAAUACAAGAUGAAUUUGCCGAAUUUAGAAAUAUUAAUCAACCUCUACCUGGCAUCAAAAUAGGAGAUUGGCCUAUACACAUAUUAUCGAAACCAAAACCUAAAUCGAAGUUAACUGAUAAAAUACCCGAAUUCAAAAUUGGGUACAUACGUUUAAACGUUAUGGGUACAGACCAUUUUAAGAAGUUGAAUGAUGUCGAAAAAAAAAAAUUCAUCGAACAAAUGUGUAUAGAAAUUGCAAAAUGUAUUCCAGUUGACAGACAAAGAAUAACUUAUUUAAAUCAUUUUGUUAAUUAUAAAGAAAAUGCGGAUUGUAUUGCAUUUAAAAUAAAUCCCCCAAAUGAAAAUAAUUUUAACAAAAAAAGUUCAAAAGAAGUCUUUGAGGAUUUUAAUAAAUUAUUUGAUGUUAAUGGCUAUAUUACAGCGUUGGAUAUUUAUAAGAAUACACAGUUUAUCGAUAAAAAAUUUGGAUUUCAUCAAAUAACUAAUCGAUGGGAGGAGAUUAAAGGAAUUGUGCAAAACUACAAUGAACCAUUAAUUAUCGGAUUUUUCGUAUCACUCGUUUUCCUGGUGACUGGCUUGUAUUUGUUUGGUCGAUAUAAAAAUCCAAUGGGAUUCAAUAUAAUCGUGUUUAAAGCUGCUCUUAUUAUUUUCGAUAUUGAAGUUGAUAUAAAAUUUAUUGUAAAAAAUAAAGAAGAUUUGCAAAAGUUAUUAAUUCCAAGAGAGAAUUCGAAAUUAGCCGCGAUAAUUACACUAUUUAGUUCGGGAAAUGUUGAAUUACUUCAUCUACUUGAUUCCAACUUUGCAGGUUAUAAAUUAUUUUCUGCUCCAUUUUCUUCAAAAGCAUUACGUUGGAUAUUUUGGGGUAGUUUUUCUAAUAUUUUUAUUGAAGACUUACCACAACUAAUAAUUCAGAUAAUAUAUGCCACAUCUCUUAAUAUAGAAUAUAAUAUAUAUGCUUUAUCAGCUUUGGUUACAGGAUCAGUAAUAUUAUUAAUAAAUGUAAUCGGUUUUAUUUAUGAUUUUAUUGCAAAGAAACAGUUUGUUAAAAUUAUAUAA